AUGAAGCCGCAACAACUGCCACUGCGGAUUUCCAAUCACGGCGGAGAGCUGACGUACGGUAAAGCAAGCAAGACAUACGACGAGCACGAUGCAUGCUACGAUGCCUUCAUGUCGCCACCAUUGAGUGCCAGCAUUGGGCACGGCGGCAAAUCGGAGAUGUUUCAGGCCCCAAAAGUUGCAUUCUCCUCCGGCCUGGAUACGGAUACGGAUACCACGAGUUUUGGCUGUGGCGAGUUGCAGUUUCCGGACUUCUCGCACCUUUGCUUUGCCACAGAGACGCCCAACUCGGUGUUCAGCGAGUGCCACAAUUACUCCGGCCCGGAGCAGGAUCGGGAUGACAUUGUGUGUGCGAGCGCAGAGCAAACGGGAAUGCCGUAUCAACAGGGACAAUACACACAGCUGAAUCGCGAGGAUGUCUUUCGCUUUGAGCCCGAGGACAUUGCCCGACUCACAGGAGACAACAAUAGUGGGUGUGGCAGUGGCACUGGCAGUGGCAAUGCCUAUGACGAGCUAGCCGGUUUGUUGCAAGUGCCACAAACGCCUUACACACCCUGCAGUGCACAGUCCAAUCAAAUGGUGGUAGGGAUGAUGCCGGCACAGGUUGAGGGUGGCAGGGAGAGCUCGCUCAAUCAGGACAUUGAUUAUUUUAAUUAUGACGAAGUAAAUUGCCAAUCAAAAAAUCAAUCCCCGUGCUCCUCGCCACACUUGGAAGCCUGGCUGAACUUCAAUCUCAGCGAAAUGUCAACGUCCGAGAUGCCACGCGAACCGUCACCGAAAUUAUGCAACAUUUACGAGCAACAGUUGCCGCAAGUUAAAGCCGAGGCGACUCCAACGAAACUGCCGUCGAUGAACUCCACAUUUGGCACUCCCAAGUGUACCCCCAUGUGCGGCAACUACGGCGACUACUCUAAUCUUUAUCAGAGUUCUGCUCCCAUGCAGGAUACGGGUUGCCUCUAUGGCAACAUGGAUGAGUUUGCCCCUGAGAAUUUCCAAAAUAACAUUUCGCAAGCUAUCGAGAAGCCCAACCGUGAACACAAAAUCAUUUGGACAAUCGACGAACUGGAUGAACUGGUGUUGUCCGAUCAAAAGGUCGAAUUUACUGUGGAUAAUUUGACAGGAGCUGAUGAGCCGCUUUUAACAGCCGGCGACAGCGAGGAGGAAGACGAGGAGGAGGUGGAUGAGGAGGAGAAUGACGAGGUGUUUGCCACACCAGCUGAAAGUGAACAGAGGUCGGAAGAUGCCGAGUCCGAGCAGACUGUGCCCCUAAUCUGCCGCUGGACCGGCUGCAACAUGGAGUUCCCACAGCAACAGAUCUUCGUGGAGCACAUUGAGAAGUGUCAUGUGGAUGUGCGAAAGGGCGAGGAUUUCUCCUGCUUCUGGUUGGACUGCCCCAGGCGCUACAAGCCCUUCAAUGCCCGCUACAAGCUGCUCAUCCACAUGCGAGUCCACAGCGGCGAGAAGCCCAAUAAAUGUCCGUUUCCGGGAUGCAAUAAAGCAUUUUCACGUCUGGAAAAUUUGAAAAUUCAUCAACGCUCGCAUACCGGCGAACGGCCUUAUGGCUGCCAAUAUAAAGGUUGCCUCAAAGCUUUCAGCAAUAGUUCGGAUCGUGCGAAGCAUCAAAGAACCCAUUACGAUACGAAACCCUACGCCUGCCAGCUGCCUGGCUGCACGAAGCGUUAUACGGAUCCUUCCAGCCUGCGCAAACAUGUCAAAAAUCACGGAAUAAUGCGGCGGAAAUCUGCCAGCGGUGGCGGCAGUACAACAGCCGCUACAUGCAACAAAAGGACGGCCAAGACACGACGCCACUCGGAAUCGGCAUUGAGCCUCCGGGGGCAGGGUCCGUCCGCUGUGGCAGGUGAACAGCGCCCGCAACGCAGCAGUAGUUGCAGUGAGGCAGCUCUUUUGAUGCAGAACGGUGCUCACGAUGAUGACGAGGAGAUGGCCGUGCAAGGACUAACGGGAAUUGGCAACCGCAAUGCCUGCAGCAUUGACAAUGUUGCAACUAAUAACAAUUCAAUAAAAUUUAAUGAGUUGUCAAAUUACACUGUCAUCAUUGAGCACAACCAAAAUGAUGUGGCAGCAACAACAACAACAGCAGCAGCAGCAACAACAACAACAACGACAGCGACAAACAGCUUUGAAAGUGAGGCAAGCAGAUACAAUACAACAACCGUAUCAUUGAAAUCAGCAUCAGCAUCGACAGCAAGUGCAACUGCAACUGCCACGGCAACAUAUGCCGGCUAUGGCUAUUAUGGGGGAGAUAGUGUUGCAACCGAAACGGAUACGCUGAGCACUUGCAGCAGCAACAACAGCAACAACUGCAACAAUUACAAGGCCAACAACAACAGCGACUGUUGUAGCAAUGAUAAUUUUCAUAAAUUUAAUGAGCUUGAACAAUUUCUCAUUGGCAGCUCGGUGGCAAGUUGCGAGCAACAACAAAAUGUUGACACUGUAUUCGAUUCUGCUGCCAAUAAAUGCCAAUUAAAUGAGUUUGUAUCUUUUGAAUACGUGCGAAAGUAUCUAACGGAUGCAUUCGACUCCCCACUAUCAACGGAGACAACCAAGAGCUUAGCUCCAAGUUCACAAACUCAGCCACAGCUGGAAAACGAUUUCGAGCAAUACGAUAUGCAGUUUAUUUAA